UAACCUAUUCCGAGCACUAGACUCGUCCAAAUUCAGUGUUGCUACACGUGUGUAUUCUCGAUGUUUAUUAUCGUGAUUUAACAAUAUUUCCCUUGUUCAGUUCAAUCUUGAAGUUAUUUAAGCCUAAAAUAUGGCGGAGAGAGUACAAAAACGGUGUGAGAACUCGGUGCAACAUCUGGAGCUCAUGGAAAAGAUUAAAUUGUUCGAUGCACGUGAAAUCAGAGGAAUCAUCAAAAAACGAAAAGAUUACGAAUAUAAACUCUCAAGAACAAUCAAAAGUAAAGAGGAUUAUUUACGGUAUAUUCAGUAUGAAAUGGAUCUUCUGAAACUUCUGAGACAGCGAAGAACGAAAUUCGCAAUCACUCAGAAAAAACGGGACAUCGAUUAUGGAAUUGUCAACAGAGUGAUGAAUCUCUAUAGAGAGGCACUAGAGAGAUUCAAAGACGAUUUGAGAUUUUAUGUUGCUUACAUGAAGUUCUGUAAACAAGUCGGCUACAAUGAUGUUGUCAGUCGAACACUUACCGAUAUGCUUCAAAUCCAUGGAGACAAACCAAAGUGCCACCACAUUGCUGGCAAAUGGGAGCUCGAGGAAAGGAAAAAUGUUAAUAACGCGAGAACUUAUUUUAUAAAUGGUAUUAAUCAUCAUCAGAAUUCACAACUGCUCUACACGGAUGCAUUUCAAUUGGAAUUAGAUCAAGCAGAUGAAGCAUCAGAAAAAUCAGAAGGCACUCCAGAAACCCCCUCUGAAACCUCAGAGGAAAUCCCCCUGGGUGUGAAAAGGGCAUUGAUAAUCUACAAAAUGGCAUUCAAAAAAGUGAAAGAUGUUACGUUCAUCAUCAGCCUCCUAAACCUCUGUAAACUCCAUAAAAACACAAAAAGUCUAGAAAACGAGAUAAUUUCAGAUCUCACCAGAGAAUAUUCCAACAAACCGCAAAUGUGGGAGACAAUGGCAAGGCGAGAACUGGAAGGUCUUUCUUAUGAACCAAAUCAAGACGAACCCAUGGAAGUAGAAUGUGCACAGGAUCAGAACUCUUUGCGAGAUCGAAUCGCUAAUUGCAACGAGGUUUACCAAGCUGCAGUUAAAAAACUUAAAUCAGAAACAAUGUGGUCACUAUACAUCGACUGUCUUCUUGAAAUUAAUCAAGAUCUGUUGCAUCUUCCUAAUUUUAAAAGAAAGUUACUGAAGAAUGCGUUGAUCCAAGCUCAUCAAGCCAAAAAAUUGGAGGAAAAAUAUUAUCUCUAUUGGAUUGAAAUGUUGACAGCUGAUAAGAAAAAUGACAGUUCUGAGGAAAAAGUAUAUCAGGUUAUGUGUUACGGAACAGACGCUAUUCCAACGAGUGUAAAUCUAUGGACAGCUAAGAUAAAAUACUUGAUAAACUCGGGGAAAGAUUCCCUGGUCACUGAAGAAUUUGCCAAAGCUUCGAAACUACUGGGAGGAAAGGCCUUACCCCUCUGGCGGAUGAAACUACUCUAUUUCCAAGCUAAAUAUCCCGAAAAGGUGCAUGAAAUUUUUUUGGAAGCUAUGAAGAGUGAUCCGGAGAUAUCUAAGGCAAUGAAACCUGCCUUUAUUGAAUGGUUAGUCUUGACUAAGGGAAUUGAAGCCGCGAGACAAAAAUACAAUGAGCUUGCGAUUCAACCUCCCACGUGUUUAGAGCUGCAUAAAAAAAUGGCGGAACUGGAAAUGAUCCAGCCAAAGAUACACAAGCAGAGUGCGAGGAAACCCUAUGAACUUGCGACACUGCACUAUGGGAAAUCAAAUACUCAAGUGUGGAUUGACUUCAUUCUAUUCGAGAUGAAACACGGAGAGCCGAUGAGGGUGACGGAUAUUCACAGGAGGGCUGUUAAGACAUUGCAGCCCACAUUGACUGAUGCAUUCAUCACGGAGUACAGCCUCAUUAAGGCUAAUCCAGAUACUGUUGUGUUAUAGAAUAGAAUGUGACAAUUUGGCAAUUGUUAACUGUAAAUUAUCUUUCGUAUCGUGAGAAGUGAAAAUCUCCAUGUUUUGGCGCAGCGCGUCACGAAAAAUAAUGUUCACGUCAUGUAAUAAUAAAUAUAUCACUUUUCCUCACGUGAUUGCUACGCCCGGUUUUGGCUUUAAAGACAAUCUUGUACAUGGGGAAGGGUGAUCUGUUUUUUAAGGUUGAAAUAUAUAUAGUGCAAAAAAAGUUA